AUGUAUACAAAAUAUUUAUUUUUAAUAAAAAACUGUCAAUAUACAUAUAAUGGAAAUUUCAGACUAAAAUCUAGUUUUGUAAUUAAUAAUGGAGCAAAUAUUUUAUUUUCAAACAAUCGUCAGUAUUCUCAAAAAAUUCAAUAUCCGAGAAAUUUGGAUUUUAUAGAAAAAAAAAAAUCCGUAAGAAAUUAUGCGGUAGCUAUUGGAAUUUUAACUUUGGGUGUUUCAUUUGCUGCAGUUCCACUUUAUAGAAUAUUUUGUCAAUCUACAGGUUAUGGAGGAAGUGUUCGUCACGAUAUUGGCGGUGAAAAAAUACAAAAUUUAAAGAUUGACCGUAGCAGACCCAUUAAAGUUAAAUUUAAUUCGGAUGUUGGAUCUAAAAUGAGUUGGCAAUUUAAACCUCAACAAAAAGAUCUUUUGGUUUAUCCAGGAGAAACAGCUUUAGCAUUUUACACUGCUACCAAUCCAACGGAUGUGCCGAUUACUGGAAUAAGUACAUAUAAUAUAUUACCUUUUAAUGCAGCUCCUUAUUUUAAUAAAAUCCAGUGUUUUUGCUUUGAAGAGCAACAAUUAAAUCCAAACGAACAGGUGGAUAUGCCUGUAUUUUUCUACAUUGAUCCUGAAUUUUGUGAUGAUCCUCAAAUGGAAAAUAUAAAUGAAAUUAUACUUUCUUAUACAAUUUUUUUUGAAAUAUUCAACAAAGAAUACAUGUGGCAGUAUAACUAA